GGUGCAGAUCCCGGAGGGCGCCCAGCGGGUGGCGGCCGGCAAAGCUGGCUCGCGAGCGCCGCCUCCACUUCUGCGCUGCUGGGGGCUCGUCCAGCCCGCGCGGUUCCGGGCGGAGAAAGUCGGGUGGAGCAGCCAGCUGGGCCGGCAGCGGCUACCUGACAGCUGUGAGCCCAGCGGCGGCGCCAGCAGGUGGAAGGGAAGGCAGAGACGCCCAAGAUGAAGAAGCCGAGGCUCAGAGUGGUGAAGUGACUGGCCCAGAGUCACAGGUCUAGAAACCAGGACUCCUUACCUACAAGUCAGUGCUGCUAGGAGCCCUGCCACGUGGGCCAGGACAGCAGCAGGGCUGUUGUGUGUGCAGAAACAAACAACUGGGAGAGACAAGGUCGGAAAGGCAGAAACAGACACAAAAAGAACCUCCCAGAACAAAGGAAGAAGAUUCUGAAAAGACUUGGAGAAACUGACAAACCUGGAUGGCUACCCCUGACCAGAGAGUGCCCUCUAGAGUCCAGAAUCCUGCCACCGGACAGACAGAGUGUGGGGCCCGCCCGGGUCGCCUGGACAACCUGGAGUGUAAGGAGACCCAGGAGCUGGCGCCAGCAGAGCUGGCCAUGCUGAGGAAGGCACACGAAUUCUUCCAGACCUGCGAUGUGGAGGGCAAGGGCUUCAUCGCCAGGCGGGAUAUGCAGAGGCUCCAUGAGGAGUUGCCACUCAGCCUGGAGGAACUGGAAGACGUAUUUGAUGCCCUGGAUGCAGAUGGCAAUGGCUAUCUGACCCCAGGGGAGUUCACCACUGGUUUUAGUCACUUCUUCUUCAGCCAGAACAAGCCAAGCGAGGAAGAUGCAGGUGAACAGGUGGCCCAGCUCCAGGAGGAGAAGGUGUACCAGUCCAGAGGGGAAGAGGAUCUGGGUGACAUGGACGAGGACGAGGACGCCCAGUUCCAGAUGCUGAUGGACAAACUCGGGGCCCAGAAGGUUUUACAAGAUGAAAGCGAUGUCAAGCAACUCUGGCUGCAGCUGAAGAAGGACGAACCUCACUUACUGUCCAACUUCGAGGAUUUCCUGACCAGAAUCUUUUCCCAGCUCCAAGAAGCCCACGAGGAGAAGAACGAACUGGAGUGCGCCCUGAAAAAGAAAAUUGCUGCUUAUGAUGAAGAAAUCCAGCACCUCUAUGAGGAGAUGGAACAGCAAAUUAAAAGUGAGAAGGAGCAGUUUCUGCUAAAGGACACGGAGAGGUUCCGGGCCCGCAGUCAGGAGCUGGAACAGAGGCUGUUAUCUAAGGAGCGGGAGCUGGAGCAGCUCACCCAGAAGCAGAAGCGGCUGGAAGGCCAGUGUACAGCCCUCCAUAAUGACAAGCAUGAAACCAACGUUGAGAAUACCAAGCUGAAACUCACCAACCAGGAGCUGGCCCGGGAGCUGGAGCGGACUUCCCGGGAGCUGCAGGAUGCCCAGCUGCAGCUGGAAAGCCUCCAGCAAGAGGCCUGCAAACUCCACCAGGAGAAGGAGAUGGAAGUGUACCGUGUGACAGAGAGUCUGCAGCGAGAGAAGUCGGGGCUCCUGAAGCAGCUGGACUUCCUGAGGGAAAGGAACAAGCACCUUCGAGAUGAACGAGACAUAUGUUUUCAGAAAGAUAAGGCAGCCAAGGCAAACACAGCUGCUUCCAAGGCAAGCUGGAAACAGAGAUCUGGCUCUGUGAUAGGCAAAUAUAUGGACAGCAGAGGGAUUCUCAGAAGCCAGUCAGAGGUGGAUGAAGACGUGUUUUCCACGACGAGGAGGAGAAGCUCCCUGGGCCUGAGUGGCUAUCCCCUCACAGAGGAGGAGCCAGGAGCCAGGGAGCCACGCCCCCAGGCGCUCCGCAGAAUCAUCUCCAUUGAAGAAGACCCCCUGCCGCAGCUCCUAGAUGGCAGCUUUCAGCAGCCACUGAGCAAAUGCCCAGAAAAAGAGGAUGUCUCUGACCAGAGGGCAGAAGGACAAACCCAGCAGGCCCGACCUUCUCAGCUGGAGCUCAUGCCCGCAUCUCCCCGAGGGCAGCCUGUUGGGAAGGAAGCUCUGUGUAAGGAGGAAGGCUGUCCCUCCACCCCCGACCGGCUCUUCAAGAUUGUGUUUGUGGGCAACUCCGCUGUGGGGAAGACGUCCUUCCUGAGGAGGUUCUGUGAGGACCGGUUCUCCCCGGGCAUGACAGCCACCGUGGGCAUUGAUUACCGUGUGAAAACGGUGCGUGUGGAUGACACUCAGGUGGCCCUGCAGCUGUGGGACACGGCCGGGCAGGAGAGGUAUCGUUGCAUCACCCAGCAGUUCUUCAGAAAGGCCGAUGGCGUCAUCGUCAUGUACGACCUCACAGCCAAACAGUCCUUCCUAUCAGUCCGGCACUGGCUGAGCAGCGUGGAGGAAGCUGUGGGAGACUGCAUUCCCGUCCUUCUGCUGGGCAAUAAAAUUGACAACGAGAAGGAGCGGGAAGUUCCCCGGGGCCUCGGAGAGCAGCUUGCCAAGGAGAACAAUCUGAUCUUCUAUGAAUGCAGUGCCUAUUCUGGUCACAACACCAAAGAGUCCCUGCUCCAUCUGGCCAGGAUCCUCAAGGAGCAAGAAGACACAGUGAGGGAGGACACCAUUCAGAUCGACCGCCCUGCCAAGAAGAAAUCCUGCUGUGGCUGAUGGAUGGCCUCCCAGGAACACUGCAGCCAGGCCUGAGGUCCCAGGGCCUACCCUGAAUCCUGCACAGAUGCCUCACCAAGGCCUAACCAGUGACUUGCUCCCCCGACCCCCAAAGGAAGGGGAGCACCUCCAGUCAGGAAAGCUGCUCUUGGAGCAUCUUGGAGUCUUUUCUCUCCCUUCUUUCUCUAGACCCCAGAUGCCCAUUUUUUUUCCCUGUCCCCCCAGCAUGACUUCCUGGGGGAAGAAACAGAUGGGCUUUUCUAGAAAAGCCGCUGAGUGCCUUCUCCACCUCCCUUUCCCCGCCUUGCCUUUAAGAACCAAGUGCUGCAGUUGCCAUGGCAAUGGUGCAGGGCUGACUUGCUGCUCCCUGCAGGCCACAGAUACAGCACCUGGGCAAUACCAGGACGGUUGGUCUGGCUUUGGCUCCUGUUCUCUGGAUGCCAAUGGGACACGCUUGGCAUAUGCUUCAUGGACCUUGAGGUGCGCGCCUGGUGUUGAGGGAAGCAAACCAGGGCACCCCAUCCUGUUCCCGACCCCUACCCCACGGGUCCUGCUCCUUCCCAGGCGCCAGGGCUCACAGGUAUUUGCCCCCCAAGUUUCUGAACGUGCCUUACAAAGAGCCCACAGCCUUUCCUCUCCAUUGCCCACCCACAGGCAGGACUCCACGGCGGCCUGGGGGUGAUAACUGUAUGCCUGGGGUCAGGGAGUGGGCUUACUUCCUACUUAACUUUAAGAGACGAAAAGAAAACUAGGGGAAAAAACCCAUCUGCUGCUAAACAGAGCGACCAUUUCUGCAGGGUAUAAAUAAGGUAUAUGUAGCUAUAUAAAAGCCAUUUUCUAAACGUUUCUCAAAAUAGCUCUUUGAAAACUUGCACAUGAUGAUUAAUGGGGUAGAUUGACAUACAGGCAGUGAGGCCCAAAACCAGGUCCAUAGUCACUGACUUUAUUUUAUUUUCCAGAAGACUGUAUUAAA